AUGCAGGAGUAUGACAUCAUUGUUCUUGGAACAGGCCUUAAGGAAUGUAUCCUCUCGUCUAUAUUGUCAAUGCAUGGUAAAAGAGUUCUUCACAUUGAUAAGAAUCCAUACUUUGGUGGAGAGAUCGCUUCCAUUACCCCCCUGGAACAGCUGUACAAGAGGUUCAAGUGUCCAAAUCCCCCAUCUCCAUCCAUGGGACGGGGGAAAGACUGGAAUGUCGACCUCAUCCCUAAAUUCUUCCUUGUGAAUGGUCCAAUGAUCCAACUACUGGUACACACCGAUGUCAUGCGGUACUUGGACUUCAAAGUGAUCGAAGGAAGUUAUGUUUACAGAGCAGGCAGAGUCCACACAGUGCCGGCCACCGAAGAAGACGCCCUUCAUUCAGAUCUGUUGGGCAUGUUUGACAAGCGGAGAUUCCGGAAGCUUCUCCACUUCAUCCUGAACUUUGAAGUUGGCGAUUAUCGGACGCACCAGGACAUCAACCCCAAGGAAACCACCACGCGAGACCUCUUCAAGCACUUUGACCUGGGGCCGGAGGUCAUGGAGUUCGCCGUCCACGCCAUGGCGUUGCAGCACAGUGAGGAUUCCUUAGACCAGCCCUGCACGGAGAGCAUCAAGCGGAUAAGGGUGUACCUGGAGUCCAUGGCCCGAGUUAAAAGCAGCCCCUACCUGUACCCGGUCAACGGGCUGGGGGAACUACCCCAGGGCUUCGCAAGACUGAGUGCUGAACAUGGAGGGACCUACAUGGUGAACAGGCUGGUGGACGAAAUCGUCAUCGAAGACGGAAAAGUUGCAGGGGUGAAAUCUCAAGGAGACCUGUUCCGCUGUCAGCAGUUGAUCUGCGGGGCCAGCUACGUGCCCCACAGCGUGAAGAGGGUGGGCCGAGUCAUACGAGUCAUCUGCAUACUGAACCACCCAAUCAAACACACCCAGGAGGCCAGCUCGUGUCACAUCAUCAUCCCUCAAGCACAGCUCCACAGGAAGUCGGAUGUCUCCAUAUCGAUGGUAUCUUGCACCCACAAUGUGGCUUCAGAGGGGAUGUACAUCGCCACGGUGAUUACAACCAUAGAAACCAGCAACCCAGAGAGGGAGGUCCAACCUGCACUGGAACUUCUGCAGCCCAUCCUGCAAAAGUUUGUUUCCAUUAAAAACCUUGUGGUUCCCUCAGAGGACGGAGCAAAGAGCCAGAUAUUUGUAACCCGCUCGUAUGAUGCAACAACAGAUUUUGAGACGGAGUUCGAAGACAUCAAAGAUAUGUAUCACAGAAUCACAGGCACAGAGUUCUGCUUUGCUGAAGCACGCAGAGAAACGCCUGAAGACUCAGAAGAAAACUGAUCACUUUUUUUCUAUUAAAUAUUUUAAGUUUUGUGUUAGAUAGAGGAUUUGUGGAAGGUUUUGAAUAGUCUUUUUUAAUACAGCUGAUAUGUGCCAGGUUUUGAGGAGUGUGAUUUGUAAUACAGCUGAUAAGUGCAGGUUUUGAAGAGUGUGUUUUGUAAUACAGAUGAUAAGUGCAGGGUGUUGAGUCUGUUUUGUAGUGGAGCAUAGAGAUGGCAGCCACAGCAAAGUAUUUGCCUGGGGCAACAUUGUUUUUUAUAAAUGUGCACCUCUGGAUUUGAGUGAAUAAAAACAUA